AUACGCGACGACGGUUCUUCCACCAGCAACGUCGUCGAGUUCAACGUGGUGGCGCACCUCACCGUCGGCGAGCACCUCGUCCUGGUGGGCAACGUCGCCGAGCUGGGCGGAUGGAAGGUGGACGUCGGCCGCCGCAUGACCUGGUCCGAGGGCGACGUCUGGAAGACCAGCAUCUCCAUCCCCAACGCCGAGGCGAGCGUCGAGUUCAAGUUUGUCCGCUACAACGACAACAACGGCGUGCUGACCUGGCAGGAGGGAGACAACUACGCCUGCGAGCUC